AUGGAGAAAAUCGAGAAAAAUGUAGACAAAAAUUCAAAUAAUAUUACUCCUCCAUCGGUACCCGUGCAAAAUGAAGAUGAUGGCGAAGAAGAACGUUUCAUCUCUUAUAACUCUCAUUAUCCGGGCAUUCGCGCCUGGUUGAGCGAUUUUAAUAAAAAUCCAAUCAAAAACUGGUGUCGCAUCAACUCGGUUUCCGGGCGAAAGCUUCAGAUCUCAUUCUACAACUAUAACGCUAAAAAGAGUCUUCUGGAAGAGUUAGCUGAUCCAACACAGCCAAAUCCUUUGAUCGCGAUCAAGUACAGGAGACAAAGUGAAAAUGAAGACCAAGCCAUGAAGUGUUUCCUCACCCUUGUACCCGAAGAAGAGAAGUUCACUCUUCGCAUCACUCCUAUCGAGCCCAUCCAGGAAACAGAGAUUCAACAA